AUGAUCUUCAAGUAUUUGGCCAUGACCUUCACUUGGGAGGAGUGGGGGCAAUUGGAUCUGUCACAGAGAACCCUGUAUUGGGAGGUAAUGCUGGAGACCUGCGGACUCCUGGUCUCACUGGGGUAUCCUGUUCCCAAACCAGAAGUGAUCCAUCUGCUGGAGAAUGAGCAAAAUCUAUGCUUGGUGAAGAGAGGCUUCUCCUAA